UAGGUAUAUGUAUGUGCAUGAGCGUAUGCAUGUAAGUUUAAUGCCCACAGACUCCAGAAGAGGACGUCCAAUCCCUUGGAGUCAGAGGUACAAGUGGUUGCAAAUUGCCUGGUGUGGGUUCUAGGAACUGAACUCAGGUCUUCUGCAAAAACACUGUCUGUAUUGUGUCAAUCGGCCCAAGAACAGUCGGUAGAGUAAAUAACACAUUUAAGGCCCAGAUCUGACUUCUAAGGGAAUGGCUGGAGGGCUGGGGCAUGGAAGAUCCCGAGGAAGCUAGGAGCGUCCUGCACAGUGAGCAAGGAAGCACAGAUGAACCCGCGAAGAUCAGCCGGAAGGAUAAGGAGAUCCGCGUGCACAGGCUCCUGCUGGAACAGUAAAGCAAGGAAGAACCCUCAUUCUCCUCUUUCUUUGAUUGCUUGCCCUGGAGACGAGUCUUAUGAACCCCCGAGGGCUGACCUCAUCUCAAGAUUCUCCUGUCUCAGCCUGCAGAAUGCUGUAAUGACACCCACCACACCUGUUUUGUACGCAAGACAAAAAUCAAGACAGUCUCAUCCGGGAAGGUUGUAGCAGAGUAAGAUGGACGGUAGCUUUGAUUGUGAUUGUGGUGAGCUGGAGCCACCUGAUCACUAACAAAAGAUACCUGUCAGCCAACGUCACCAGGGCUUCCUGUUGAAAAACAGCAACAAAGGAAGAGGAAGCAAAGGGAACUAGUGCUUCCCAGCGCCUUAGGAUGCUGCUCAGGACCAGUCCAACACUGAAUGUAUCUGCACUGUGAGAGGAUGUCCACGGAGGUCUGCCUGGUGCAUAUUUAUUCACAGUUUUGUCUCAUUUUAAGUCAGUUAGCAUAGUAUAUCUGAGUGCAUAGUAUGUCAUUUCAUUCCGUUUGAGUUUCUUGAGUGUUUCUUUAAAUGUCUGCAGAGUUGCUGCCCUUCCUUGAACUAUGAGCACUGCAAUCUUUUUAAUUCUUAAUAUGAAUAGAGAUUUUUGAGCUUUAAGUCUGAGGGGAACUCAGCGGGCCUGGUUGGCAUCCGUCUGCAAUGAACAUCAAGAAACCAUCGUGCUGUGGAAACGGAAUUGUUUUUCUCCCUUUUUGAGAGAUCUUUCCUUUUGAUGCCAGUUUUCUUCCUUGUUUACAUAAGUUCAACAAUUUGAAAGGAAAAGGCGAUUGUAAGGGUUUCAAAAUGGCAGAGAAAUUUGAAAGUCUUAUGAACAUUCAUGGUUUUGAUCUGGGCUCUAGGUACAUGGACUUAAAACCGUUGGGCUGUGGAGGCAAUGGCUUGGUUUUUUCCGCUGUUGACAAUGACUGUGACAAAAGAGUAGCCAUCAAGAAAAUUGUUCUCACCGAUCCCCAGAGCGUCAAACAUGCUCUCCGUGAAAUCAAAAUUAUUAGAAGACUUGACCACGAUAACAUUGUGAAAGUUUUUGAAAUUCUUGGUCCCAGUGGAAGCCAGUUAACAGACGAUGUGGGCUCUCUCACGGAGCUGAACAGCAUCUACAUUGUUCAGGAGUACAUGGAGACAGACUUGGCGAACGUUCUAGAGCAGGGCCCUUUACUGGAAGAGCAUGCCAGGCUUUUCAUGUAUCAGCUGCUACGUGGGCUCAAGUAUAUCCAUUCUGCAAACGUACUGCACAGAGAUCUCAAGCCAGCUAAUCUUUUCAUUAACACUGAAGACUUGGUGCUGAAGAUAGGUGACUUUGGUCUGGCACGGAUCAUGGAUCCUCAUUAUUCCCAUAAGGGUCAUCUUUCUGAAGGAUUGGUUACCAAAUGGUACAGAUCUCCACGACUUUUACUUUCUCCUAAUAAUUAUACUAAAGCCAUUGACAUGUGGGCUGCAGGCUGCAUCUUUGCUGAAAUGCUGACUGGUAAAACCCUCUUUGCAGGUGCACAUGAACUUGAACAGAUGCAACUGAUCUUAGAAUCGAUUCCUGUUGUGCAUGAGGAAGAUCGUCAGGAGCUUCUCAGUGUGAUUCCAGUUUACAUUAGAAACGACAUGACUGAGCCACACAAACCGCUAACUCAGCUGCUUCCGGGAAUUAGUCGAGAAGCACUGGAUUUCCUGGAGCAGAUUCUGACGUUCAGCCCCAUGGUCCGGCUGACAGCAGAGGAAGCGCUUUCCCACCCUUACAUGAGCAUCUACUCCUUUCCAACGGAUGAGCCCAUUUCAAGCCAUCCUUUCCACAUAGAAGAUGAAGUUGAUGAUAUUCUGCUUAUGGAUGAGACACACAGUCACAUUUAUAACUGGGAAAGGUAUCAUGACUGUCAGUUCUCAGAGCAUGACUGGCCUAUUCAUAACAACUUUGAUAUCGAUGAGGUUCAGCUUGACCCAAGAGCUCUGUCUGAUGUCAUCGAUGAAGAAGAAGUUCAAGUUGAUCCUCGAAAAUACUUGGAUGGAGACCGAGAGAAGUAUCUGGAGGAUCCCGCUUUUGACACUAGCUACUCUGCCGAGCCUUGCUGGCAGUACCCAGAUCACCAUGAGAACAAGUACUGUGAUCUGGAGUGUAGCCACACCUGUAACUACAAAACAAGGUCGUCAUCAUAUCUAGAUAACUUGGUGUGGAGGGAGAGUGGAGUUAACCAUUACUAUGAGCCCAAACUUAUUAUAGAUCUUUCCAACUGGAAAGAGCAAAGUAAAGAAAAAUCCGAUAAGAAAGGCAAGUCAAAGUGUGAGAGGAACGGAUUGGUCAAAGCACAGAUAGCGCUGGAGGAAGCAUCCCAGCAGCUGGCUGAGAAGGAAAGGGAGAAGAGCCAGGGCUUUGACUUUGACUCCUUCAUUGCAGGGACUAUACAGCUCAGUUCCCAGCGGGAGCCUGCUGACGUCAUUGACAAGUUAAAUGACUUGAACAGCUCAGUGUCCCAGCUAGAAGUGAAAAGCUUGAUAUCCAAGUCAGUGAGUCGAGAGAAGCAAGAGAAGGGAAUGGCUAAUCUGGCUCAGCUGGAGGCCUUGUAUCAGUCCUCUUGGGACAGCCAGUUUGUGAGCAGUGGGGAAGAGUGCUUCCUCAUCAGCCAGUUCUGUUGUGAGGUCAGGAAGGAUGAGCACGUGGAGAAGGAGAACACGUACACCAGCUAUUUGGACAAGUUCUUCAGCAGGAAGGAAGAUUCUGAAAUGCUAGAAACUGAGCCAGUCGAGGAAGGGAAGCGUGGGGAGAGAGGACGUGAGGCAGGGCUUCUGAACGGCAGUGGGGAGAUCCUCCUGAGCAAGCAGCUAGAGUCCAUAAGCACCCCGCAGUUCCACAGUCCAGUGGGGUCCCCACUCAAGUCCAUCCAGGCCACGUUAACACCUUCCGCUAUGAAAUCGUCCCCUCAGAUCCCUCACAAGACAUACAGCAGCAUCCUGAAACACCUGAACUAAACACUCAGCAGACAUUUCUUUGUUCUUCAUGGAAUGUGUUGUGUCUUUUUAUCACUAAUGUUUGAAGUCAUUUUUUUACUUGAAUCAGAAGGUGUCAUUAAUUUGCAAGGAUUUUUUUCUUAGUUCUCAGUUUGUAAAAUGCAGACUUUUUCUACAUGUGAGUUAGUUUUCAUUUGAACUGGCAUGUCAUUUGCACACACACACAUACACAAAGAAUAGAGCAAAACAAUGCAGUGCAGGAGGAGACCAGAUGCGCUAGGGUGAACAGACAUUCUCAUAGACCAGUGACCUGCUUUACGGGAAACAAAACCUUGCCUUGAAACUUACACAGUGAGACUGUACAUAAUUGCAUGAAAAGAUCUAUUUUUCCUGAAACGUUUUUCAUUCAUUAGUAUUUUCAAGCUUUUCAUACUGUACACAUUUCUUAAGACACAUGAUACCAGCAGCAACUGAAAACGAAUGCCGAAUUUGGUACACAUGUGUUAUCUACCUCAAGGUAACAAAAGUAUGUGGCGAAACAUAAACCACCCAUAGUGCUCCACGGCAUAUGCACUCUAUCUAGCCAGCGUUUACCGUAGUAAACCAUUGAGACCCGUUCACCAUUAUCCAUGUCCUGGUGUUCAUUCUGUAUAGUGAAGGGUUACAUACAUCACAUUUAUUUAUUUUUAGCAAAUCAGUAUAUUUCUGUAUUUAAUUAUAAAAGUUAACUUAGUUUUAAGUUUAUUUGCAACUGCCCUUUUUUCCAUUUGGCACUAUGGUUUGUUGCCUGCCAAGUUGAUGAUAUAACGUCAGCUUGCCCUGAGGCUGUCCAUGUACGUUAAGUAAAGUACUCACUGUGUAUAGGAAUCUGUAUUUUGGAGGUGCUUGAUCUAUCUACAAAGAAAAAUUAGGAAUUUAUUAUAAAAUGCUCCUAGAAGUCUUAAUUGUGUUUAUUUUUUAAAAACUUGUAAUGUUAGACUUGUGUGCAUGGAAGUAAUUAAGGUACAUCAUUAUUGUAGUUUAAACAUUGUACAUGAUAAGCCUCCCCCACCGUUUUUACUGUAUGUUUUUAUUGAAUGAUCUAUUCCCCAUCCCUAGGCAAGCAUGAAUAAAAUUAGGUUAAAUGUA